GUUUGGUGACUAGUCAAACUUUACAUUGUAAUUUGUAUCCGUUGUUGUUGCCUUUGCGGUUCACUAUUCUUUAACAAAAUGUUAUUGAGUUAUCACGCUGACCUGACGGAAAUAAGUGCGUUCCCUUACCGAAUCGGGGAUUUGAAUGCAACUUUGUAAAUAGCUUCGGAGUUUUGAAUUGAACGCGACACGACCACAAUGGGCAUACACGGGCUCGCCAAACUCAUUGCUGACCAGGCUCCGAAUGCCAUAAAAGAGCAAGACUUCAAGAAUUACUUCGGCCGCAAAAUUGCUGUCGAUGCCUCCAUGUGCAUCUACCAGUUCCUUAUUGCUGUGCGACAGGAUGGCAACGUGCUGCAGAAUGAGGAUGGAGAGACCACCAGCCACCUCAUGGGAAUGUUCUACAGGACCAUCCGCAUGCUCGAACAUGGCAUUAAACCCGUGUACGUGUUCGAUGGCAAGCCCCCACAGCUCAAGUCGGGAGAGUUGGAAAAGCGAGGGGAGAGAAGAGCCGAAGCUGAGAAACUGCUCGCACAAGCCCAGGAACUUGGGGAGCAGGAAAACAUUGACAAACUCACAAAGCGUCUUGUCAAAGUCACCAAGCAGCAUAAUGACGAGUGCAAGAAGCUGCUGAAUCUGAUGGGAGUGCCUUACAUUGAGGCCCCGUGUGAGGCGGAGGCCAGCUGCGCCGCUCUGGUCAAAGCAGGAAAGGUCUUUGCCACCGCAACGGAGGACAUGGACGGGCUGACUUUCGGAACAAACGUCCUGCUAAGGCACCUCACGGCCAGCGAAGCAAAGAAGCUUCCAGUCCAAGAGUUCCACUUCAGUCGCAUUCUGCAGGACAUUAACCUGACAAAUGAACAGUUCAUAGACCUGUGCAUUCUGCUGGGAUGCGACUACUGCGGCACCAUCAAGGGGAUCGGUCCCAAGCGAGCCGUCGACCUGAUCAAGCAGCACGGCAGCAUCGAGGAGAUCCUAGAAAACGUCGACUCGAAUAAGCACCCGGCUCCCGAGGACUGGCUGUACAAGGAGGCCAGGGACCUGUUUCUGAAGCCCGAAGUGGUGGAUUGUUCCACAGUGGCGCUGAAGUGGAACGAGCCGGACGAGGACGGGCUGCUGCGCUUCAUGUGCGAAGAAAAGCAGUUCAGUGAAGACAGGAUCCGCAACGGGUGCAAGAAGAUCGUAAAGAGCCGGCAAGGGAGCACGCAAGGACGACUGGACUCCUUCUUCUCAGUCACUGGGUCGCUGUCGUCCAAACGGAAGGAGCCUGAAGCAAAAGGAUCCGUUAAAAAGAAGCUGAAGACUGGCGCUACACCGGGAAAAUUCAAAAAAGCCAAAUGAAAAACCGCUUACUUUUUUUCCCUCUCUUUCAAGCAUGUUUAAAUGAUGUUUUUCAUAUUUUAUGGAAUAAAUGC